CCCAGAGCUAGUGCUAGACGAGCUUUUGUGGUUAAAAAGUAUACUUUCUUUUUUUCUAAGAAAAUGACUGAUCAUUUUGCUAGAUAAGACCCUUCUUCCUCAGUUGGGAUUGUUUAGAGCUCUUUGAAGCUGCAUUUAAACUGCAUUUUGGAAGUUCAAACUCACGGGCACCACUGAAGUCCACUAUAUGGAGAAAAAUGCUUUCCUCGAAAAACGUAAUAUCUUUAUGACUGAAGAAAGAAAGACAUGAACAUCUUGGAUGACAAGGGGCGCUGCAGCUGAAUCAUGGCAGCAGACGAUAUUCUGUUUGAGUUUCUUCACAUGGAGAUGGUGUCUCAUAUUUACACAGAACAGGCGACUCGGGAAGAUCUAGAAAAGGAGAGAGUAACGUGUGUGUCUGUGUUGGAGGGAAUGGGCUUCAGAGUAGGACAAGGCCUAAUCGAGAGGUUUACAAAAGAUUGCCCCACCUUUAAAGAUGACUUGGACGUUAUGAAGUUCCUUUGUAAAGACUUCUGGAAUGGUAUCUUCAGGAAGCAAAUUGACAAUCUGAGGACCAACCAUCAGGGUACGUAUGUCCUCCAGGACAACAAGUUUGCUCUGCUGACUCAAGUUUCCUGCAGAAAGCAGCAGCUGGAAGAAUCCUCUAAAUAUUUGGCCUACACGUGUGGUUUAAUAAGAGGAGCAUUAUCCAACCUGGGCUUGGAGAGUGUGGUGACUGCUGAAGUUUCCUUAAUGCCAUCAUGCAAAUUUCAGGUUGUGAUCCAGAAACCUUGAGAUGGAGGGAAACCCUGAUCCCCUCUGUUCAGAUGCUCUGAAUGUAAUAACGUCGGUCCUUAAUGUUUACAACGAAGUAGAUGUUUACAGCACAUUCCAGCAGAUGCUCUGAGAGGCGCAGGGAGAGACGUACGGCUGCUUAUCAGCUGACAACUCGGCAGAACCAAGAGAGAAUGAAACGUCCUCCUCAGAUACAGAACUGGCCUAAAGGUGCAGGAAGUCACACCGCAGACGCAAGAGCUACUGUUAUGUAGCUGCUGUUCAGAGAUCAUACCGUCUGCCAUGUUCACCUCAACACCAUAAUCCAGCAACUUUCUUUCUCUACAUAACCUUUAGAAUGAUGGCAAAUUGUCAGAUCCUAUUAAAAAUAGGUUACACCAUUUAUUUCUUCUUUUUUGAGUGAUGUAGAAUUUCUGAACGCAGUUUCGACUCUGAUUUCUGACUCUUCAGUAAAUACAGCAAUUCUGCAUUUAAAAGACGAUUCUUGCUUUUCCACCAGCGGAGAAAUUGUUCCAGCUACCUUCAUUACUUUUACUUUUAUCUUUUCUAAUUGGCAAAAACAAAAUGCACUGUUUGAAUGUACUGUACUCUGAAGCUUCAUUAACUUUAUUAGUUUAUACUAGUUUCAAACUCUUCACUGUUUAUAAUAAGCGUGUGCUGUGUUAGAUUAAUGUUUGUUCAUGUGUGUCAGUGUGUAAAAUGUGUGUUGGAUUGUUGUAGUUGUGGACUUUAGCAGUCCACUCUGCAUCUAUGCAACUGUGAUGUAAUGAAAAUGAUUUUUAUGUUAUGAGAGUAAACAAGAGCAGUUUGGGAUUUGCUCUUUAUUUAAACAUACAUGACUAUCACAGCUCUUCAUUCUCCACGGGACACACAGUACAAACAAAUAUAUGAAUAUUUACUGGUUUGUUUUUUUUUGUUGUUUAUUUUUAAAUAAUGUUAUCAUCUUUAACUCCCAGUCAUGACUCUGGCUCUCGUGUGCAGGGUUGUGUUUAAUGUGCACAGUCAUGCUAAUGAUUGAUAGUGAAGUGAUGAAGCCUCCAUUUUUCAGUCCUUGUCUCAGCUAUCUGCUGCUCAAGAUAGACUCCAGCGAUCUGUUGAAUGAUGUCGCCGGUGUGUUUGGGGUACAGGCACGGAACAGUUACCACUUUAACUCUGAACAGCAUUAGCUGUAUAGUUUAGAAACCCUUUUUUGCCAUUUCUGACUGAUCCUCAUAUAAUGUUUUUAUUAAUCUAUAAAUAUAAUACAAUAAUAAUACUAAUGAAGGUAGUCUACAUGUUUUUAUUCUUUUCAAAGUGUUAAAUUGAUCACGUUUUCAGUUCUCGGUUAGAUCUGAUUCACUGCCUGCUUUUCACCUGGGUUUAACAUUAACAUUGACUUUACUAUACUGACAUUUCACCUGUUAAACCUGAAGCUUGAAGUUUACGCAGCUCGGGAUGAACAGCACACCUUUCACAAGUUUUAUU